GACCGCAGUCCAUUCAGUACUGCAUUAUAAUAGCAAUUUUCUUCAACAUGGCGGAUAUAUCUCUUGACGAUUUCAUAAAGACUAAAAAUGUGAAAGUGCGAUUAAAUAAUCCUCAAGCUGGACAGAGACGGAAACCCCAACAGAGAACCAGUGCUGGCGUCGGCCAGAAUGUUCCUCCUCAGAAACUACAAAUAAGGAAGACAUUUGAUGCGAGGUCAAAGUUGGGCCCGAAGGCCGUGGUUGAUGCCAGAGACAAAAUAGUUGUCAUAAAGAAAGGUGGUGGUGGAGAUGCACGGAACAAAAUUGUCCAGAAACAAGUUCAGAAGGGCACGUUUGACGCUCGGUCCUUGCUGCAGAGACAGGCUCAGAAGGCAGUGCGGAAGAAGGGGCCGGGCGGCCCGGGCAGUGGUCCUCCUCCCCCUGCCUUUGUGAGUAAACCCACCCCCGUGACAGCCCCAGGACCACUCACAAGGACGUUGUCCAACCCAAAUGCCAAGAGCCGUGGCCAGGUACGAGCGACCCCCGGGGGUCUACAGGUGACCCGGCCCGUCCCCAGCACAGAAGUCUCCUUCACUGGCUCGUCCCUGCAGGUCACAAAACGUAACAAGCCUGUUCCAGGCAUGACGCCACAAAUAGCCGAUGCUGUCCCCAUCAUCCAAAUCCGCAACGACCGCUACAGGAACCCGGCCGCCCCUCCCCAGCCCACGCUUUCCCGCGGUGGUCACCCGCACCCUCCAGCCCCCCAGUACCCACAGCCCACGGCGUACCGGGAGCCCGGCUACGGGGAGUACCAAGAGGAAGCGGCGUACUUUGAGCCUCCGCCCUUCCCCCAAUCGCGCGGCUACAAAGACUGGGAUAACCCGCAGUACAAUCCUUCCUCCAUCUCUGUCCCCGAGAUCCCCAAGGUGCACAUGUCCAGUUUGAAGACGGUGGAGGCGGCAGGCAUGCGGCCGGUGUCCUACUCGGGAGGUUUCUCCCAACACCCCCCGCGUGCGCCCCCUGGUGCUGCCUCCGUCUCUCAGCCCAGCAGACAACUCGCCACAAAAACUGUGACCCCGUCGAUCAAGAUCUCCCCCGCUGGCCUCAAGAGGAAGCCGGUGGCAGCUCCCGAUGUGUCGGGGCCGCUGAGGUUAGGCCGAGGUGGUGGGCCAGGUAUCGACCUUGACCCCUCCCCAAACAAGAAGUCAAAGGCGGCUGUUGCGGAGGACUUGGAGAUUAUUGACUUGGAGAGUGACGGCGCGGUGAUCAGCCCCCUACAGGGUUACCGUGUGAUGGUGACAAACUUGUUCAAUGGAGUCACACAAGACGACAUCAUUGAACUGUUUGGUGCUGUGGGUCCCCUGAAGAAGGCCAAACUGCUCAAGCCCGGCUCAGCAGAAGUUGUGUACAUCAGCAAGCCGGAUGCCGUCAGUGCCGUGCAGAAGUACCACAGUCGAGAGUUGGACGGUCAGCCGAUGUAUGUGAAGAUGACGACACCGGUCGCGGCCGUGGUGAAGAAAGCAGCUGGAGACGUGGACCCAGACAUCACAGGGGAAGCGCUCAGGUUAUACAAGAAAAGUGGCAUUGGUUCCCUGCCCGAAGCACCAAUCGAGAUCCCCACAAUCCAUCGAGCGCUGUUCAAGGCAGGACCUCCGGGACCAAACAAAUCUGUCAAGUUCACUGUGAAAAUUUAAGCUCCCCGUCAUUUCCUUUUGUAAACCACCACCGGGUAUCUGUUUGUUCUCAAGACACGUUUUGUUCCUAGGUCCCCUGGUGACCAGGCCCGGUCAGACGUUUGACCACGCCCAGUGUUUUAUAGCAUUUAACUGACAGUUGUAUAGUCUGAGAUGUCAGUUCUACUAAUUCUGUCUUGACAAACUUUCCCAAAUCUGUCUUGAUAAGACUUUUCCCUUUGGGUUGAGAGAGAGUGAAUGUAGGGUAAAUCUGUCUGAACAAACUUUGCCAUUGUGUUGAGGGUGAAUGUAGGGUAAGUCUGUUUUGACAGACUUUGCCAUUGUAUUGAGAAUGAAUGUUGAGUAAAUCUAUCUUCACAAGACUUUACCUUUGUGUUGAAAAUGAAUGUAGAGUGGAAAAAAAACCCCUGUCUUGACAGACUUUCCCAUUGUGUUGAGAGUGAAUCUGUUUUGACAAGACUUUCCCAUUGUGUUAAGAGUGAAUCUGUUUUGACAAGACUUUCCCAUUGUGUUAAGAGUGAAUCUGUUUUGACAAGACUUUCCCAUUGUGUUAAGAGUGAAUCUGUUUUGACAAGACUUUCCCAUUGUGUUGAGAGUGAAUCUGUUUUGACAAGACUUUCCCAUUGUGUUGAGAGUGAAUCUGUUUUGACAAGACUUUCCCAUUGUGUUGAGAGUGAAUCUGUUUUGACAAGACUUUCCCAUUGUGUUGAGAGUGAAUCUGUUUUGACAAGACUUUCCCAUUGCUUUGAAAGUGAAUCCGUUCUGUCUUGACAGACUUUCCCAUUGUGUUGAGAGUGAAUCUGUUUUGACAAGACUUUCCCAUUGUGUUGAGAGUGAAUCUGUUUUGACAAGACUUUCCCAUUGCUUUGAAAGUGAAUCUGUUCUGUCUUGACAGACUUUCCCAUUGUGUUGAGAGUGAAUGUAGAGUGACCUCUGUUAGUGGACCAAAAAAAGUAUUUCUCAAUUUGUGUGGAAAGAUUUUAGAAGGCGCUUUUUCGUUAUUUAUAUCGUGGGAUGACUUGAUUACUUUAUAGAAAAUGAUUUUCUGUCUGGGUGUAUGUUUACGAUCACUACAAGUACAAGUGAAAGAAUAUAAUCACUGCUCGACAGAAAGAUGUGUUCAGUUCAGUUCUUGAUUUUACUAUGCCUAUAUUAAGUUAUAUUUACUGCCACAUGAUGAAUGAAUGCAUCUCAUUGUCAGUGUAGAAACACAUGCCAUCUUCCCCAUGGUCUAUUCUUCAUUUGACGACUUAAUUUUAAUGUUAAAUUGAACGCAUUUUCUGCUUGCUGCUGCUCUUUGAAAUGCAAUAAAUGCCGAGAUGAUUUGA